CAGUGAUGAUGCUGAUGCUGCAGCAGCAGGUGGUUUGUCUUAUUUUGUUCCAUUCCAAAGAAGAGUAAUCUGUCCUCCUCUCCCACACAGUCAUCCCCGGCGUUGCACUCCGCCGGAGGCUUCAUGGAAAACGCACAGUGUCUUUUAAGUGAAAUACUGGUGAAGAUGCUGAGGGAAGAAGGAGUGUGUGGGCAGCUUUAGUUCAUAAUCAGCAAAGGGGAGAGAAACGGGAGCAUCUCUUGCAGCGUUUCUCAUGAGACCUGCCUCCUGGACCAGGUGCUGGACCUGAUUAUGAAUGAGAAACCAUCCACCAGUGCUAGUCUUUUUCUGAACAAGGACACGGACGAACAUCCCGAGCCAAAGCGAAGACACUGUAGGAGGCGCCUGAGCAGGGCCAUGAAGAGGAAAGCCAGCAGCAUGAAGGAGAGGAUGGCCUCCAUCAGCAGGAAGAGCCUGAAGGCCGUUGUGAAGAGGAACCUGUUUGUUGUGUUUACUGUGGCUGCUGUGGCUUUGGGUAUAAUUCUGGGCUUUGCUCUACGCCCUCACAACCUGUCUCUGAGGGAGAUCAAGUACUUUGCCUUUCCUGGGGAGCUGCUGAUGAGGAUGUUGCAGAUGCUGGUGCUGCCGCUCAUCAUCUCCAGUCUGGUCACAGGUAUUUCCUCCUUGGACAGCAGAGCGUCCGGCAAGAUGGGUGCACGUGCGGUGGUGUACUACAUGGUGACCACUCUGAUUGCCGUCUUCAUUGGCAUUGUCAUUGUGAUAAUCAUCCGGCCUGGGAAAGGCAGCAGGGACAGUCCAGUGGAAAACAGCGGGAACAUCGAACCAGUUCAGGCUGCUGAUGCUUUUCUGGAUCUCAUCAGAAACAUGUUUCCGCCCAAUCUGGUAGAGGCUUGCUUCAAACAGUAUAAAACCAUGUACAAGAAGGUUGUGCACACAAAGAAUGUGACAGUGACACCUGAACUUCGCCGAUCUCCCUCAACACCACCGAGUCUCAGCUGGGUGUUAACCUCAGCAGCGUGCUGCAGCAUCACACAGGAAACCGUGGAGGAGUCUGUCCCUGUUGCUGGGUCCUCUGGCGGGGUGAAUGCUCUGGGCCUGGUGGUUUUCUCCGUGUGUUUCGGCCUGGUCAUUGGGAACAUGAAGCAGCAGGGCCAGGUCCUCAAGGACUUCUUUGACUGCCUCAAUGAAGCCAUCAUGAGGCUGGUGGCCAUCAUCAUCUGGUACGCUCCGUUUGGCAUCCUGUUCCUGAUUGCAGGGAAGAUUGUGGAGAUGAAGGAUUUGGUGGCGAUGGGCAGCCAGCGGAUGUACACGGUGUCAGUCGUUGUGGGCCUCCUCAUCCACGGCCUCUUGUCCUGCCCGCUGCUCUUCUUGGUGACCAAGAAGAACCCAUACAGCUUCAUUGGUGGCCUGCUACAAGCACUUAUCACAGCACUUGGGACGUCUUCUAGCUCUGCCACCCUGCCAAUCACCUUCCGGUGUCUGGAGGAGAACAACCAUGUUGAUAAACGAAUUACACGUUUUGUCCUCCCCGUGGGCGCCACCAUCAACAUGGACGGCACCGCCCUCUACGAGGCUGUAGCAGCCAUCUUUAUUGCUCAAGUGAAUGACAUGGACCUAAACUUUGGCCAAAUUCUCACUAUCAGUAUCACAGCAACUGCUGCCAGCAUCGGAGCAGCAGGCAUCCCUCAGGCUGGCCUGGUUACCAUGGUGAUUGUAUUGACAUCGGUGGGACUACCCACAGAGGACAUAACACUGAUUAUCGCUGUGGAUUGGUUCCUCGAUCGCCUGCGUACCACCACCAACGUGCUGGGCGAUUCACUUGGGGCUGGCAUCGUGGAGCAUCUUUCACGCAGAGAGCUGCAAAACCAGGAUGCUGAGGUGCGGAACUCUGUAAUUGAGGAGAAUGAGAAGCCCUACCAGCUUAUCUGCCAGGAAAACGACCCCCUCAACCAUCGCAAUAGCGAGACCCCAAUGUGAAAGCGAGAGCCACGUGGCAAAUUUUGACCAAAAGUAAAAAGUACAAAAUAAAAAUCAUGUUAGGUGGAAGG